AUGUUUUCAUCAGCUAUUCGUUCAAGUUUAAGAUCAAGAAUAAACCCAAUCAAAUCAAUCCAACCUGUUAGAAUCAAUGGAUUGACUGCAUUAAAAGUUAACCAAGUUAGAAAUUAUUCUGACCAUCAUGAAGAAACUUUUGAAGAAUUCACCAAAAGAUACGAACAAGAAUUUGAAGAAGCUUACGAUUUAUUUGAAGUUCAAAGAAUUUUAAAUAACUGUUUCUCUUAUGAUUUAGUUCCAGCUCCUGUUGUCAUUGAAAAAGCUUUAUUAGCUUGUAGAAGAGUUAAUGAUUAUCCAACUGCUGUAAGAACUUUUGAAGCAUUAAAAUUCAAAGUAGAAAACAAUCAACAAUACGAAGCUUACUUGGAAGAAUUAAAAGAUAUCAGACAAGAAUUAGGUAUUGAUUUAAAGGAAGAUUUAAUUACUGAAUAG